AUGACAUCAUCAAAACUUUACUUUGUUGCUCUUUUAAUCAUUGCUUCAGUUCUUGGUAGUGUUCAAUCCACUCGAAUGAUGGAUGCCUCAUCUGAUUGUGAGUUCAAAGGACCAUGUACAAAGAAAGAAGAUUGCUAUGAUAAAUGUGGAGUGAACAAACCACCUUUUAAUAAUGCUAUAUGUGCACCGUAUGGAAGCAGUCGUAAAUGUUGUUGUAUUUUAUCGUGA